UCUAAAAUAAAUAAAGUUCUAAAAAGACCUUUUAGUCCUUUCACUUUGUAUCUCUUUACUUUUUAUUUAUUUAUAUUCUGUAGAACAUGGAUUAUUUAGCGCUCAAGCAAGGAACUAAUAAGUAUCGCUCACCGAUCCGUACUGGUUCGGAGAGGACAGUGAAGUGCAGUGAUCGCCUUCAUCGCCAAUCGCCAUGAUGAUGAUGAUGAUGAUGAUGAUUAGAACAAUCACAAGAAGAAGGUACUUUCUAAUGGGAUUGAGGGGUGGAUUUGCAUCAUCAACUGCAACGGCAGCCUCACAAUCCCAGUCACCGACUGCCACUGCUGAGGUGGCGUCAGUUGAUGAUGAAGAAGAAGACGUUGAUCCAGCAGCAUCUUCUUCGUCGCUGGCGAAGGCGGUGACACCCACUAUCCUUCAGCCGCGUGUGGUUGUGUAUGACGGAGUCUGCCAUCUGUGCCACCGAGGGGUGAAGUGGGUAAUCCAGGCAGACAAGCACAGAAAGAUCAAGUUCUGCUGCCUCCAGUCGCAAACUGCUGAUCCCUACCUGCGAUUCUGCGGUGUUGAUCGGCAGGAUGUUCUAGCUCGUUUUUUGUUCGUCGAAGGCCCCGGCCUUUACCACCAGGGCUCCACCGCUGCACUAAGAGUUUUGUCUUACUUGCCUCUGCCUUACUCUGCUUUAAGCACGCUCAUGCUGCUUCCAACUCCACUUAGGGAUGCUGUCUAUGAUUAUGUUGCCAAGCGCCGCUACCACUGGCUUGGCAAGUCCCAACAUUGUUUAGUUUUGCAAGACAAACGGUUGCUGGAGCGUUUCAUCGAUAGGGAAGAAUUGAUGAUGGAUCGGGAUUAGCUUUAGAUUUAGACCCCCUUUUCUUUUCUUUUCUUUUCUUUCUUUUUGUGUUUAUAUGUUUCUGGCUGGAAAAUGGAAAAUGGAAAAUGGAAAAUGCUUACCAGCAGACAUCUGGUUCUGGUAGGACAAAAUGUUUUAAAUGUAGACUAUUAUUUUAUAUAUACCACAAGUUUUUUGCUGCA